UCUUAUAACCUAAACAAACAAAAAAGCAACCAAUGACUAAAAGGGAUCAAGGCAUUUUGAAUUUCCAAGGGGCACCCACAUUUAAAAAGCCUUCACAAGAAUAAAAAGAGAGGCUCAAAGCAAAAGAGAAAAAGAAAGAAAGAAAAAAUAAUGUACCGGUUGAGCAACACAGUGAUUGGGUUCUUGAACCUCUUCACCCUCUUGGCCUCCAUACCUAUUAUCGGCGGAGGCCUAUGGAUGGCUCGGAGCAGCACCACCUGCGAAAGCUUCCUCCAGACGCCGCUUCUUGUGAUCGGGUUUGUUGUCCUCAUCGUUUCUCUAGCAGGCUUUAUAGGGGCAUGUUUUCACGUGGCAUGGGCCCUUUGGGUGUACCUAGUUGUCAUGCUCUUUCUUAUAGCCACCCUCAUGGGGCUGACGGUGUUCGGGUUCGUUGUCACGGGGCCUGGUGGUGGUGUGGAAGUGCCCGGUAGGGUAUAUAAGGAGUACCAUCUUGAGAAAUAUUCGCCAUGGUUAACCAACAGGAUUAGGGAUCCAAGGUACUGGAGUACCAUAAGGGGUUGUAUCUUCAGCUCCAAGACUUGUGCCAAGCUUUCUCUUUGGACCCCUUUAGAUUAUAUGGAGAAGGACAUGACUCCUAUACAGUCGGGUUGCUGUAAGCCUCCAACGGCAUGCAACUACAACAACGUGAUGGCAACUACGACGGCAGUGGCGCAAGACCCAGACUGCUACCGUUGGAACAACGCUCCCAAUCUGCUGUGCUACGAGUGCGAUUCUUGCAAAGCCGGAGUGCUCGAAGACAUCCGCACGGACUGGCACAAGCUGUCCGUCCUCAACAUUGUCAUGCUCGUCUUCCUUAUCGGCAUUUACUCCAUUGGCUGCUGUGCUUUCCAGAACACCAAACGUGCCGAAACCGAUUACCCCUACGGCGAAAACCACAUGAAGAGGGUCCGCCCUCGCUGGGACUACUACUGGUGGAGAUGGUGGCAUGACAAAAGGCAUCAGCUUUAUUAGCUAACAGAUAAGAAUUGAGCUAUAUAAAUAUAUAUAUAUAUUUAUAUAUGUUCAAUCAAUAUCUUUUUUCCCAGUCUACUAGCUUGUCCCUCAGUGUUGUUAGAAAAUGGGACAAUUUCAGACUUGGUUUUCAGCCCAUGCAUUAGGUUAAGGGAUAUCUCACACGGCCUUCUUUAGUACACUCUUUUUUUCUUUGUUUGUAUAAAUAUGUAUCAUUAUCUCUCAUCAAAAUAUUCAAUACCGCCUUUCUUUUUUCUACUUUA